AUGGCAAGCCCACUUAAAAGAUAUGACCCAGGACCUCAAAUUCUCUAUUGUUGUGUUGCGUUCAAAACAAAUAUUUUAGCAGAAUAUUAUGAAGUUUCUUUACCAGGAGCAGAUAAAAUCAUUAAACAAAUCUUAGCAAAAGCAUCAAUUGGAAAGAAUAUUCUUCAUCAUGAGUUAUUAUCAUUUUGUCUUUUAACAACAGAUAUUAUUACAGUUAUUACUAUCACUGGAGAAUCAUUUCCACAAGAACGUGCAUUUGAUUUUAUUGAUGAAGUUGUUAUUAAUUUCUCAAAAUUAUUUAAUACAGACCAAUUAGCUACAUUACCAACACGUUCAUUAAAUAAUACUUUUGCUCCUAUGAUGAAACAAAAAAUUAACCAUUUUAAUGAUCUUACUAACGAUCCAUUAAAUAAAAUUCAACAAACAUUAGACCAAACAGUUACACGAGUAAACGAAAAUGUAGAUAAAUUAUUAAGUAGAGGAAAGGUAUUAGAUAGUCUUGAUGGAGAAAGUGAUUUGAUUAUGAGAGAUACAGAAGAAUUAUAUAAACAAUCAAUAGAAUUAAAGAGAAAAUUUAAAAAUAAGAACAUAAGAUUAUAUAUUAUUGUUGGGAUGAUAGUUUUUUUGAUCAUUUUUAUUGGUAUUUGGUCUUAUUGUGGUAUACGUUUUCAAAGAUGUCAUAAAUAA